AAGUGGCGUUCCUCGUUCUACUAUGGCGGACAUGGCGUCUCGCUUGAGUAGGGCCUGGGCGCGAGAGGACAACGUUUACCGGGUUAGUGGCAGUGGCGAACGGAGAGACAAGGUGGCUCUCUUCUACAACGACAAGCCAGCUGCUACUCGUGGUAACUGUAAUAAUUAUGCAAAGACCGAAUGCAACGGUGCAUCGCGGCCAAGCGAGCAAGGCGGACCAGCGCGAACGGAGGAGCUAAAGAGAAAGAAGAGGAGGACGUUCCAAGGAACGGAGCGCAAAAGGAGCAACGCGAGGCAAGAUGGUGGAGGAGAUGGCAUGCAAAAGAGGCUUCGUAGCCUUUCGUCAAGACCACCGUCUUUCCCGUCUCGAGGCACUUCCACAACUCGCGAUCAAUACAAUCACGAAAGAACAACCGAUUACUUCGAGAAGCACGAUCUUCUUCAAGUACACCCAUCGAACAGUGUAAUUUUCGAUCCUUGCAAUCGAUCUUUGGGAAAAAAUACAUGGAAUUUUACCGAGAAUACACGAUGCUAAACAACAACAACAACAACAACAACAACAAGAGAGGUAAUGGAAAAAAAAAUAUUAAACGUACCUAAGAUGAUUAUUAACCCUUCGAAGAACGCCGUCGAUAUGGGAAUCUCAUCUUCUGUUUAUAAAAUUUUUUGUAUAUUAGAAUGGUUAAAUUCUUAAAGCGGUUUAAAUUUACUUUAUAGAAAGGCAAUGCGUGGAAGAGAGAAACAAAAUUUUUUACGCCGUUCAUGAUGGGUUAAGAACGCUGAGCCUCAGAAACGAAAGAAUUUAAUCCGAUAAACGCGCAAUACGGCGCAACAGCGCGUGUUUCGCGAAUUAUAGGAUACGCUCGUAUAUCGUAACCGCCGUGCCAUUACUCAUAAAACAACGUCUUGCGCCUAAGAGAGAUUAGAUCAAGAGCCGCAUGUGAGUAAAGGCAGCGUCUAGAAAAUCAUUAAUAUUGAUCAGGCAGAUGAUUGAUAACUUCAUUAACACGUUACACGCGCCGAUUCAAUUAAUUCCUCGUAACCGUUCUCGCUCAACGCUGGCUCGCGCGCGCGAAAUAAUUUACGAUUCAAGAGAGCUCUUCGCGUUUUUUUCACGCUCCAGUCAAUUAGCGAUAACCUUUCCCGUGGACGCGGCCGAUUUCUAACGGCCGAGCUUCUCUCCUCCCCUCUCACCUCUCGCCUGUCAACCCGUAGACGAGUCUGUGAUUUACGGCGGCGUUAAU